GCUAACAGACUGCCCUCCACCGCUUUCUGUUUUGUUUUGUUUCUUUUUUUUUUUUAAUCUUCCCUCCCUGGGACUGGAAGCAGGAUCCGCGUCCCUGAAACUGCUAUGCCAGCUGAACUCUCCCGGGCCGUGGGAAUGCACGCCAUCUCCGACCUGCACUCCUCCCUCCCCCUGCGGCUCCUCAACAAGGGGCCCGAGUACCUCCGCAGGCAGAUGGAGGCCGGCAACCCGGGCAGGAAAAGUGCCGUGGAGAGACUGGCCGCCGAUAAGGCCAAGUAUGUAAAGAGCCAGCAGGUCAUCAGCACCAGGCAGGAGCCCGUCAUCUCGCUCAGCUCAGCCUCGGAGAGCAGCAGCGAGACCUGUUCGGUGGAGAGCAAAGCAGUCAGCAGGGACUUGGGCAGAGGGAAGGGCGCGAAGCCCCUGGAGCUGGCCAAGGCGGCAUACUCCUGCCGCGCCCCCUUGCAGCACGGCCCCCCCAUCGCCAGGCGCAGCACCCACAAGAGGCAGAUGCGGCCGGAUUCCCUCGUGAUUUAUCGUCAGAAAUGCGAGUUUGGGAGAGGUCAAAGCCAGGACAGCUCGCGGGGGAACUUGGUGAGGAGAAUCUUCCAUGGGUCGGUAAAGGAAAAGCAGUUGCCUUCCCCUGAGUUGCCCAGAGUCAUGGAGGACACCGCGGCCACCGAGAGCAACGAGCCUCUCUCGGCAAAAGAUGGUGACCGUGAGCCAAGCGACCAUGCCGUGGAGCAAACUGUUCCUGUGAGCACCGAAGUCCCAGAGGUAUGUACAAAAGAGCAUGAGGGGCCCUCAAACCUGAGUAUACCUCCUGAAGAGGUCAAGGAGGUGAAGAGGAGAGGUCUCCAUCGCUCCCAGUCGGACAUCAGCUCUCGCUACUCCAAGUCCUUCGCUGAGUUUGAUACAUUUUUCAAGUACUGUGGCCUCGAGCAGGAGGUCAUUGAGGACCUUGGAAGAGAGAACUUCUCCGUGGUGUCUGACAAUGUCUCCUUCAAGAUCCGCAGCAUCAGUGUGGCAACAUCCGAGAGUGACUUUACGAGGCACAGUGGGGAUGAGGGGCUUCUGGAGGAUGAACUCACAGAGCAGGUCCCCAGCAGCACCUCUGUGAUUGAGCGGAAUGCUCGGAUAAUCAAAUGGUUGUACACGUGUAAGAAAGCCAAGGAGAAUAACAAGGUGAUUCAGGAACUGGCGUGAUGGCUUCUUUCAGCGUACAUUGCAGCCUGGGGAACUCAAGAAUUCUUGACUUGGAAGUUGAACAAAACCAGACACAGGAAGAAACUCUUCCCUCAUCUGGCUGAUGACUACUUUUUCCAAGUUUAGUAUUUUAUUAUUGCCUCCUACCCUCACCCUCCUCCCUUGGAAGCCUCACUCUUGUCAAGCCCAAGGGUGUCGAAGACUGUGCUGACAAGUGGAGAUUGUGAACUGUGCCCCAGCAAGACAGCACAAAACUACAGCCCCUGGAAAAGUGAAGUGUGACAGCAGCUGCCAUCCAAAAUAACAUUCAACAUCAGCUCACUGCCUCAGGAUGCCAGUCCAAACUGUGACAGAAGGUCUGUGUUGUGCACCCAUCUCCUUCCAGCAAUGAAUUUGUCAACAGGGAUAUGGGGAGAAAGAGGGAAUGAAGUGUCAGUGACCUCUGGGUCAGGCAUGUCCUUGCAGACAGACACACUCCACCUGCAUGUUCAAAAGCUCUGUCUUACCAGGGCUGUAUGACCAGAGGCUCAUCCUGACAUUCAACAUCAUCUUCUUGGCUGGUGAGGACUAAUUGGCAACUUUAUCUGGGAUACUUGGCAAACAUAUUGUAAGCUAAAUCCUUACCAAACCUCUCUUUCUCUGCGAGUAUUCAAACCAAAUUGGUGUACCUAGUUUGCUCUUGCUAGUUUGUCACACAGCUUGCUCAGCCACUGGGGAAGAAUAGCCCAAAAUACUUCCAGGAGCAUGGUUCCAAGAAAAAAGUAUUGAGGGAGGGUUAUGCAUUGUUUCUUCUUGCAGAACAGUUCAGUUUGUUUGCAAUUUAUGCCCGACUCUGAC